ACCUCUGCCGCCUGCAUGGACGCCAGGAGCUGGGCAGCCAGAAGGUGGCUGUACCCACCUGGGAUCGCGGUGCUGGCCCUCCUCUCUCUGCUCAGCUGCCUGCUCCCCGCCAGCGAGGCCAAGGUCUACAGCCGCUGUGAGCUGGCCAAAGUGCUGCACGACUUCGGUCUUAAUGGAUUCCGGGGCUACGGCCUGUCUGACUGGAUCUGCCUUGCUUACUUCACCAGCGGCUUCAACACAGCCGCCGUGGACCAUGAGGCUGAUGGAAGCACCAAUAACGGCAUCUUCCAGAUCAACAGCCGCAGGUGGUGCAAAGAACUCUCCAAGAAGGCCCUCAACUUGUGCCGGUUAUACUGCUCUGAUUUGCUGAACCCUAACCUCAAAGACACUGUUGUGUGUGCCAUGAAGAUAGCCCAACAGCCCCUAGGUCUGGGCUACUGGGAGGCCUGGAGGCAUCACUGCCAGGGCAAGGACCUCAGCGACUGGGUGGACGGCUGUGAGUUCUAG